AUUGCAUUACCAAUUUCAAUAUGGCCGCAUCCAUGCGAUGCAACUGGGUGCAACCAGGAUGCAAUAGAUAUGCCAAUUAGACGCGAAAAUAGUUCAUUAUCUAUUAACAAUCGGCCACUCCUUUGUGAAUUGUAACAUUUUUAUAUAAAAUCACGUAAUCAUGGGAGAUAAGAGGCGGCACGGACUCUCGAAAGAAGAGAUUGCGAAGCAAUUCAUGUUACCAGAAAGGAAAAGUAAAAUAGCAACCUUAUUGAAACAGGAUGGUCAAGCUUAUUGCAUUUGCCGUAGCUCUGAUAGCUCUCGUUUUAUGAUUGGGUGCGAUGCGUGUGAGGAAUGGUAUCACGGAGACUGCAUAAAUAUCACAGAAAAGGAAGCUAAACACAUCAAGCAAUUCUUCUGUGUUCGAUGCAAGGAAGAAGAUCCCACACUUAUCACACGGUAUAAACCUCGAAAAUCUGAUCAAGAUCAAGAUCGUAAAUACAAAAAAUAUAAAGAAAAAGAAAGAUCUAUACGUUAUGAAUAUGAUGCUCCCUGGGAUCCCGCUGUUGUGAAAAAAUCCUCUAAACGCUGCGGUGAAUGUUCAGGCUGCCUGCGCUCAGAAAAUUGUGGAAAAUGUGACGCCUGUAGACAUUUGAAAAAAUUUGGUCCUUCCAUCAGACUGAAACUGAGAUGUAUCCAAAGAACGUGCAGGGUGUUGGGCGCACCCCCUAAGCCUUUAAAGGGUUAUAACAAAGGUUCAAAACCUGGGAGAAAACGGAAAAGAGAUUCUAGUAACGAAAGAGCCGAACACCUAGAACAACCUAGACAAUGUUACGGUCCUGCAUGCGCCAAACAGUCUCGAACUGGUAGCAAAUAUUGUUCAGACGAAUGUGGGAUGAAAUUGGCAACGAAUAGAAUAUAUCAGGUAUUGCCACAAAGAAUUCAGGAGUGGUCUUUGACAUCUUGUGUAGCCGAGCAAAAUAAUAGACGAGCUUUAGAAAUGGUUAGAAAACAGCAGAACGAUGUAAGAAGAAUUCUACAGGAAUUAGAUAAACGACACCUGGAACUCGAUAGAAUUUUGGAAAGGGCUAAGCAAGCUAGUAUUGAUCCAAAAACUGAGGUAGAUGAUUUGGAUGACACUGAAAUGAGCAUGUACUGCAUCACAUGUGGACACGAAAUUCAUUCGCGAACCGCCAUUAAACAUAUGGAAAAAUGUUUCAACAAGUACGAAUCGCAAGCCUCCUUUGGAUCAAUUUUCAAGACACGCAUCGAGGGACAAGUGAUGUUCUGUGACUUUUACAAUCCUGUGAAUCGAACCUACUGUAAAAGACUGCGUGUUUUAUGCCCCGAGCACUGCAAGGACCCUAAAAUAAGCGAAGCUGAAGUGUGUGGUUGCCCCUUGGUGACGAAUGUGUUUGAUACAACUGGUGAAUUUUGUCGGGCUCCAAAAAAAAGUUGCCUGAAACAUUACGUUUGGGAAAAAUUGAGACGUGCUGAAAUCGAUAUGGAACGUGUGAGGCAGUGGUUAAAAAUAGAUGAACUUGUAGAACAAGAAAGACAAAUAAGAUCAAAUAUGGCAACUCGUGCUGGCGUUUUAGCUCUGAUGCUCCAUUCAACUUACAAUCAUGAAUUGAUGGAACAAAUGACCCAGGAGCAGAGUAGGGAACAAAUGCAGGCAAUGGAGGAAGAGUUGCAGCGGAGGUAUAAUACUCAAUUCCAAAAGCAAACUAGUAAGAAUUAGAUAGACUUCAGUGAUUUUCCUUAGAUUAAAUAAGUACCUAAGCCGUAUUCGGAUCCAUAUAGAUAUUGUAAGUUCUUACUGCCUGAUUAUAAAAUUGUUAUUCAAUAAAUUGUUCAAAAAAACUA